ACUCUCAACUAACACGACUAUAAGACCAUGUUAUACUCUUUCCAAGUUUAAUUUUUGCCCAGUCCUCUCUGCUCCUUUUCAAACCCUAAUUAUUCCCUUCUCCAUCAAUCCCGUCUCUUCAACUGAUGCUGGAUUGAAGGUGCGAUUCCUGUUCUCCGCAAUUCGAUUUUGCUCCUGAAAGCGAUUACAGAUUUCUUCGUUUUGAUCUCUCUAUCUGCAAUUUCUUUGUUUGAGGUACGGUUGCUGAGCUGCAUUUCUUGUUGUAUUCUCGCGAGCUAGAUUUUGUUGUUGAUCUGAGAUUUCGUUGCGUUUGGAUAGUGGAUUUCGCUCCUCGUUUGAUUGGGCUUCAUGUUGGUUCCGUCCUCUGUCUAGGUGUUUGAAAGCUAGGUUUUGAACUUGUAUGUAUCGGUUUAUAUACUGGUUCGACUGUUGAUAGGCUCAGAUCUUGAUUUAUGGGGGUUGUAUUUGAAUGCUGACAUGUCUAGUCUAGUGUCCCUUCGUUUCUUCGUUUCUGAAUUCUAAUUCAUUUGGUGAAGAACUCGGGAUCUUCGAGUUGUUGUGGGGUCUUGGAAAACAUUAGGGGGGUAGCAAAAAUUCUUGCUUUUGAUUCAAUGAGGAACGACCGUAAGUGUUACAGUCUGGUUCCCUUUUUUGUCUUUCUUUACUCGGUCAUCGCUGUCCAUGUGAAGGUAAUCUUGGCUGCAGAUUAUGUACCAACUGAUAAAAUCUUCCUGAAUUGUGGCGCUGCUUCGGAUGAUGUUGAUGCUGAUGGUCGGCAAUGGACUUCUGAUGUCGGGUCCAAGUUUGGGUCGGCGACUGGGAACUCGCAAACGUCUCAAGCUGCCACCCAAGAUCCUUCUGUCUCUGAAAUCCCCUACAUGACUGCUCGACUUUCCCGCUCCAAGUUCUCCUAUAGUUUUCCUGUGGCUACCGGCCGUAAGUUUGUCCGCCUAUACUUCUAUCCUUCUUCUUAUGCGGGGUUAAAUGCCUCCAAUGCCAUCUUUUCUGUGAUAUCUGGGCAGUAUACUCUCCUCAACAACUUUAGUGCUGCCCAAACCACCGAGGCUUUGAACUAUGCUUUUGUUGUUAAGGAGUACUCUAUCAACGUGGAUGUGGAAACAUUGAACUUGACUUUCACUCCAUCUUCCAAUUUUUCCAAUUCAUAUGCCUUUGUGAAUGGGAUUGAGGUUGUGUCAAUGCCAGACGUUUAUGAUAGUGCUGAUGGAGGUGACACGAUCGUUGGCCAAGGUGUUUCAAUAUACGUUGAUAAUAGUACUGCGCUUGAGAACAUUUACCGGCUGAAUGUGGGUGGCAAUGACAUUUCACCAGCCAAUGAUACUGGAAUGUUUAGGUCUUGGUAUGAUGAUUCACCCUAUCUCUUUGGUGCAGCAUUUGGGGUUACAACAUUUGCUGAUCAGGGGAUGAAAAUAGGAUAUCCUUCAGGCAUGCCUACUUAUGUUGCCCCAACUGAUGUCUAUGCCACAGCUAGAUCAAUGGGUCCGGAUCCAAGCAUCAACAUGAACUAUAAUCUGACAUGGAUUUUCACGGUUGAUUCUGGAUUUUUGUACUUGUUUAGGCUCCAUUUCUGUGAGAUUGAUCCAAAUAUAACCAAGAUUAAUCAAAGAGUGUUUGAUGUAUUCUUGUCUAACCAGACUGCUAUUCCUGGGUUUGAUGUGGUUGCCUAUACACGACACAACGGAGUUCCAAUGUACCAGGAUUAUGUGGUCAUUGUUCCAGAAGGAAGCCCACAACGGGAUCUGUGGCUUGCCCUUCAUCCAAAUGCCUCCACAAAGCCAAAUUAUUAUGAUGCAAUCUUAAAUGGAGUAGAGGUAUUCAAGAUUAACGACACGAGCGGUAAUCUUGCAGGGGCAAAUCCAAUUCCUGCUCCCCAGCAGGAAGUUAUUGACCCGAGUCGGGCUAUACCAACCUCAAGUUCACAUGGUCCAAAAAAACAGAGUGCAGUCAUUGCUGGGGGUGUUGCUGGUGGUGCAGCAGUAGUUCUUCUCAUUGGUUUCUUUGUCUUUGUUGUGUCUCGCCGUCGUAAGCAAGGGAAGGACUCGAAUGCAAGUGAUGGGCCGUCUGGAUGGCUCCCUCUUUCUCUUUAUGGAAAUUCACACUCUGCUGGAUCUGCAAAGACAAACACUACAGGAAGCUAUGCCUCCUCGCUCCCGUCAAACCUUUGCCGCCACUUCUCAUUUGCUGAGAUUAAAGCAGCCACCAAAAACUUUGAUGAGGCUCUGCUCCUUGGAGUGGGGGGAUUUGGCAAAGUUUACAAGGGAGAAAUUGAUGGUGGAGCAACCAAAGUUGCUAUCAAGCGCGGGAAUCCACUCUCAGAGCAAGGAGUGCAUGAGUUCCAAACUGAGAUUGAAAUGCUUUCAAAACUUCGACAUCGCCACCUUGUUUCACUGAUAGGGUACUGCGAAGAGAAUUGUGAAAUGAUUCUUGUUUAUGAUUACAUGGCUCAUGGAACCCUUCGUGAGCAUCUAUACAAAACCCAAAAGCCACCUCUGCCAUGGAAGCAAAGGCUUGAGAUAUGCAUUGGAGCCGCCCGCGGUCUACACUAUCUGCAUACUGGUGCCAAACACACUAUUAUACAUCGGGAUGUUAAGACAACUAAUAUCCUGUUGGACGAGAAGUGGGUGGCAAAGGUCUCUGAUUUUGGGUUGUCAAAAACAGGUCCUACAUUGGAUCAUACACAUGUUAGCACUGUCGUUAAAGGUAGUUUUGGGUAUUUGGAUCCAGAGUACUUUAGGCGGCAGCAGCUGACGGAGAAAUCUGAUGUUUAUUCAUUUGGGGUUGUACUGUUUGAGAUCCUAUGUGCUCGGCCAGCACUGAACCCGACGCUACCUAAAGAGCAGGUGAGCUUGGCAGAAUGGGCUUUACACUGCCAGAAGAAAGGAAUUCUUGAUCAGAUUAUUGACCCCUAUUUGGAGGGAAAGAUAGCACCAGAAUGCUUCAAAAAGUUUGCUGAGACAGCGAUGAAGUGUGUAAAUGAUCAGGGAAUCGAGAGGCCAGCAAUGGGAGAUGUACUGUGGAAUCUUGAGUUUGCUCUGCAGCUGCAGGAGAGUGCGGAGGAGAGUGGUGCUAUUGGCGGAAUGGACAUUGAAGAGGGCGCGUCCUUCUGUGGUGGUAAGAAGGAUCCAAAUGCAUCCCCAGGAUUUGAUGGUAAUGUGACGGACUCUAGGAGCAGUGGGAUGACGAUGAGCAUCGGUGGCCGAAGCCUGGCAAGUGAAGAUUCAGAUGGGUUGACCCCAAGUGCAGUAUUCUCGCAGAUCAUGAACCCUAAAGGGCGCUGAGAUCAGAAGUUGAAUACAUUUGCCAACUACCUGCUGGGGAGUGUCCUUCCAGUGGCUUGGUUUGCUUUCUGCUUUCCUCUUUAGUAAUCAGGUGGGUAAAUCUAGCCCUUUUUACUUAUUCAUCUAUUGUACUGCAUUUUCUCUAUUUUUUCUUUCUCUUUUCAUUUCAUAUAAAUAUUGUUAUUUUGGGGUUGGGGAUCUUGAUAUGUUUGGAUCAAGUGAAGUCUAAUCUGUACCAGCAGUUAACAGAGGGUGCAAAAAAUAAUAGUCGUGUUCUUCUUUGCACCUUACGAAAUUGCGGUUGUAUUCGUUCAUACAUUGUGCUGCUGAUUGAAUAGUAAUUGUUUAUUCAUCA